AUGGUGCUCCUUACUCAGCUCCCUGCGGAGAUCAUCAACAACAUCUUCAGCUAUGUGUCGCCCGACGAUUUACCCAGUAUCCGAAGUAUUUGUCGACGUUUAGCAGACCAUGUCAAAGGAAAUGCAGUUUUACAUCGUGACAUCUAUUACCGGUACUUGGACGAACCACCAGAAGAUGUAGACUGGGAGCAGAGCCUCAAUGAUCUGGUGAAGUUGCGAAGACUGUGUGGACGGGAAUAUGAGGACUUCGCUCAUCCCAAGAACUUCGAACUCUCAUGCCCCGACAUACACGAGGCUAAAAUGACCUUUGUCCACCACGCCGUCACCAAUAUUCUCAAAGCCAUUCCUCCAUCAUCUUCCCAGUCAGCCCGCGGCAGCUGCAGCGAGUACAGCAUCCAACAGCCAGUCUCCUCCUCCUACCCCCUCUCGCGAAAUGCCGCCAUACUCUUGAACCUCUUCUCCAAAGAAUCCGUCCGCAACGCUUUCCUCUACGGCUCCCAGUUGUACGAGCGCGCCCACUGCUCCGACUACCGCAUCCCUAUGAGCAACCCCAUUGACUACGAGCGCUCGCGCUACGGCCGCACCCCCGUCAACUAUGAGUACCAACAACAAUCAGCCAAGCUGCACUGUCUCUUCGGCGUCGGCGUCCAGGCUCCUGCUACUUUAACGCUGCCCAACAAUCCCGCGCUGUCCUCGUCGCUCAACCGGAACCAACGCCCUCCUCGUCCUAGGGCGGGACCGGGUACCAACAACGCGUACGUCACCCUGCCUAGCCCGCCGCUACCUACGCGCGAUGGCCGGCUGAGAUCGGCCUUUUUCGCGAGGACCUCGCUUGUCCCUAAGCUGUACCCGUACGCGGUGUCCAAGGUGUACGACCUCCGCGAGUACACCAACAAGACGCACUGGGGACCGUUCCGCGCGGACGGCAGCGGGAAGGUGGAUUGGGAGAAGAUGGAGGCCAUCUUGUUCGUGCUGAGGACGAAUAUCAAGCUGAAGGAGCUGGACCGGAUCCCGAUGGUGGGGAAUGUCUGGAAUACCCCCUUUGCGGGGUGUUGGGAGGGAAGCUUGUGCGAGCUGCCUAGGACGGGAAAUUCAGGGCCACAAGGAGGAGGGCCGAUGGGGGUAGGGAGUGGGUAUGGUGGGUGGUUUCUGUGGGGGAAUACGCAUGAAGAUUGGGGUUCGGAUAUUGCGAAUGAUGGGGCUAUAGACAGCAUGGAGGAGGAGCAGCAGCAGCAGCAGGAGGAGGAGGAGGAGGAUGGGGAUAGUGUGGAUGGGGAUUUGGAAGAGGAGGAGGAUGACAGGAAUCCGAAACUGGAAGCGAAAGAUCCGUAUGGGGUCUCGGGGGUUUGGCUGAGGGUGGUUUGUUUCUUAGACUACACCGACUUCUUCUCGUUCAACUUCCCUGACGAUAGUAUGCCCGACGAUAACGUUCCAAGACCGCCCUUGGACGUGGGAGAGGCAACAAAGUUGCUCAUGAUGAAAAUCAACGUCGUCAGAAUUACUUAUCCCGAGCCAGGAACAGGACAUCCUGAAGUCAAGGGGAAGGUUUGGCCCAUCGUACACUGGAAAGGUUACGCUCGGUCAUUCGACGGGUCUCCCGGAGAGGCGCGCCUCACUUGGGGACUGAGAGGGGUUGUGCGAAUGACAUCCGAGGGCGAGGUCCGAUGGAUGACGUCUUCUCUGUACGACGGCGAGGAGAGAUGGCGCAGUGAAGGGAUCCAGAUCGGAGGUAUCAAGUCCGCUCGUGGGGUAAUUGGUAACUGGUUUGACAAGGAUCACAACCCUCAUGGGCCAUGCGGACCUACGGCGUUUUGGAAGAUCUCGGAUCUGGAGGCUGUGCGCCCACGCGGCGGUCAACAGGGACAGCAGGGACAGCAGGGACAGCAGGGACAGCAGGGACAGCAGGGACAGCAGGGACAGCAGGGACAGCAGGGACAGCAGGGACAGCAGGGACCAUAG